ACUGCAUGUCUAUAUCGAUAUAAACGAAUGUAUAAUAAAAUCAUUUCAAAAAAUGCACCCAACUGGAUUCGACAGCCAACUAAAACUAACACGUCGAAUUUAUCACUACUACUAUCACCACUACAUAAAUCAAAGACCCGCAAUUUUAUCAUUUUGUCACGAAGAGAACGCCAGCAAAAACCGAAUACAAACACUUUUAUCGUAGUUCGUGGAGUUGGAACCUUUGCAAGAAAAUCGCAAUUCACAGAAAAAUUAGCAAAUGGACCCUCUUUUUCAGAUUUUAUCAUAGCUUCUUCUAAACCACAAGAAUUCUCGAGCGUUGAGGAGUCGUUGGCACUGACAACUACAACAAAAAUCAUACCCGACAAAAAGCCAUAUCAACGGCUGCCGGAAUGGCUAAAAACCAAAGUUCCAAUCGGCGCAAAUUAUAAACGAAUAAAGAACGAUUUACGUGGACUAAAUUUACAUACUGUAUGCGAAGAGGCCCAUUGUCCCAACAUUGGCGAUUGCUGGGGUGGCGGUGAGCACCAAACUGCUACCGCUACAAUAAUGUUAAUGGGCGAUGAGUGUACACGCGGAUGUCGUUUCUGCUCGGUGAAGACGAGUAGGACGCCGCAGCCACUUGAUCUUAAUGAGCCUGAAAAUGUCGCAAAUGCGAUUGCUAGCUGGGGGUUGGAUUAUAUUGUGUUGACAUCUGUGGAUAGAGAUGAUUUGCUCGAUGGAGGAUCAAAUCAUUUUGCGAAGACAAUACAACUACUUAAACAAAAGGCUCCCAAAAUAAUGAUCGAAUGCCUGACCGGAGAUUUCCAGGGCAAACUAGACGACGUCACCCGGGUCGCGUUAUCAGGUCUGGACGUCUACGCGCACAACGUGGAAACAGUCGAAGCAUUAACGCCGUUUGUUCGCGAUCGCCGUGCCACUUUUCGACAAAGCUUAAAAGUUUUGGAGCACGUGAAAUUUGUCAACCCGAGUUUGGUGACGAAAACUAGUAUCAUGUUGGGUGUGGGCGAGACUGAUGAUGAAGUGUUGGCUACACUUCAAGAACUUCGUAAAAUCGACGUUGAUUGCGUCACAAUAGGACAAUACAUGCGUCCGACAAAACGACACAUGAAGGUCCACGAGUACGUGGCUCCCUCAAAAUUCGAUUACUGGGAGAAAAUCGGGAACGAGUUGGGGUUCUUGUAUACUGCGUCAGGGCCGUUAGUUCGUAGUAGUUAUAAAGCGGGAGAGUUUUUCAUUACAAACAUUUUGAAGAAGCGGAGAGAACAGCAGCAACAAUUACAAAAGGUUAUUGAUACGGAGCAGUCACUUGCUGAUGAUCAUCAAAAUGGAUUAGUUGGAUGA